AUGCCUCUCCUUCACCUUGCAGGACUCGCAGUAUGCCAGCAGCGGUCACUCAGCGGCGGCCGACGGCGUCAGCGCCUCCAGGCCGACAAUUCGGAAGUGGCUUCCUUCAACUGCCCGCAGGACUUCGGCUACUACCCGCACCCGACGGAUUGUACUCAGUACUACGUAUGCGUCUUCGGCGGCGCCCUCCACGAGUCUUGCACCGGAGGACUCGUCUACAGCCACGAGCUUGAGACGUGCGACUGGCCACGUAACGUAGAUUGCAAUCCUACCAAGGCGAGCUCAGGCUCCUCAACGGCCCAGACCACUAACCAGCGUAACCAGAACACCAGACCCGCCACCGAGGCCCUCACCCCCUCCGUCGGCAGCUUCGAUCACACCUUCAGCUCUUCCCAGAAUCACCGCACCUCCAGACCCUUCAACGGUGGGGAUCGCUCCAACAGCCAGAGGUCUCUCUUCAGACAAGAACCCAACCCCAAGCAGUCCCUCACCUCCUCCUCCUCCCACUUCACUCGGCAGUCCUUCUUUGAUUCCACGGCUCAGCAGCAGCAGCCACCCAGAAGGCGGACACAGCGACUCAACAGUGCUAAGCCUUCAACUUUCCGCCCUCAGGCUUUCUCGUGGCAGCUGCUGCAGUCUCUCGAGAAGAAAUCGAGACCAGUGCGCGAGGCCCCCACCAACCAGUUCCUCCGGCGAGACCUGACUGUCCUCGACGCUACAGACUCUGACUUAGGACAAUUCUCCUCCUCCUCCUCCUCCUCCUCCUCCCUGGAGACGAACUUCCCCUCUGCCGCCACAGCGAGGUUUGAGCUGGAAUCACAGCAGCCCUGGACCAGCCCACAGCACCACCAACAGCAGUCCCCAGCAACGGCAGCAGUAGGAACAGCAGCAGUCUCCUCCAGGAGCAGCCACCUUAACUUCCCUGAUCCCAGACCUGACCAGAGGCUCACUCGUAGGCAGUCAGCUCCUCAGAGCAACUUCUUCCAACAUGGGUUCUUCCCAAAACAAUUCCAAGCGCCACAGUUUCCCCCCAGGCAUCCACCCAACUCCUUCCGCCCACCAAAUACCUUCACUCGGCAAUCCUCACCUGCUAAUCCUUUCGGGAACUUUCAAAACUAUAAUCCAUUCGGCUCUACCUUCGACACGCGGCCUUUCUCCUCCCCAGCCCGUGAACAGCCACGAGUACCUCCGUUUCAACAACAAAUUCGACCUCAGAAACAGCGACUAAGACCCCAGAAUAAACCCUUCGUUCACAGGCCUCAUUCCGAGUCCUUCUCACCCAAACCUCACACCGAAGUAAAUUUCCUCCCACCACAUCUCCGACCUGAUUCUCACCCACCAAGGCCCCAAUCCGAGUCUUUCCUACCAAGGCCCCAAUUCGAGUCUUUCCUACCAAGGCCCCAAUCCGAGUCUUUCUUAACAAGACCCCAAUCUGAGUCUUUGUCACCAAGCCCCCAAUCCGAGUCUUUCCUACCAAGGCCCCAAUCCGAGUCUUUCCUACCAAGGCCCCAAUCUGAGUCUUUGUUACCAAGCCCCCAAUCCGAGUCUUUCCUACCAAGGCCCCAAUCCGAGUCUUUCCUACCUAGGCCCCAAUCUGAGUCUUUCUCACUAAGCCCCCAAUCCGAGUCUUUCCUACCAAGGCCCCAAUCUGAGUCCUUCCCACCAAGGCCCCAAUCCGAGUCUUUCCCGCCAAGGCCCCAAUCCGAGCCCUCCCCACAGAGCCAAGUGGAGAACGCAUAUGUUCCACGACCAGACUCUGACCCCUUCGUACCUGAGGAGGCAGUAGGUACAAUCCCGUUUAAAGCGUCACAUGACAACGUUGUUUCACCUACGCCGCACUCAUCUCUUCCCUCACCACCUGCUAACCCCAUCAAACAGACGCCCCCUCGUCUCCCCCAGAGAGAGUCCGUGAUCCCUACUUCCACCCCUCAGUUUUCCCCUCCUAUUCCUCAAACUAUAAGGCCCCAAGUACAAACUCAAAAUUACCCACGACUGACACAGAGCCUUCCUUCUCCCACUCGGCCAACAAGGCUUAGGCCCACAUCAACACCAUCUCAUAUCACCUCCCCCAAAACCCGGCCCACCACACAAAAACCCCGGCCCACCACACAAAAACCCCGGCCCACCACACAAAAACCCCGGCCCACCACACAAAAACCUCGGCCCACCACACAAAAACCUCGGCCCACCACACAAAAACCCCUUUUCAUCUCGCCAAAACCUCGUCUGACUUCGCCACGUCCCGCGUCUCUUGAAUCCCGUCCAACUACAGUAGCGCCUCGACCCACCUCGCUGAAGACGCUCCCUGUAUCGAACUCCAUCGAAAUUACAGAUCAGCAAAGUUCCUUGAGAACCCGACGUCCUGGCACCCCCGUUAGGCAGAGCGUCACUCCUAAGCCUCAGAGAUCUCGGUUUUCGACAUUCCCGCCAUUCUCUAAAGUCAGAGCAACAUCCCCUUCCUUUCAAAGUCCCUCAUUUAAACAAAGUAUCUCUCUAGCGCUUCCUCCCCAAAUCCCCGGCACCGUACAUCAUCCUGAGUUGUCCCGACUGCCUACGAGUACCUCCAAGACCCCAGACUCCUCAAACCUCCUACCCAACACCCAGGACAGCCGUCAACCACCCAGGUCCCCCACCAGGAGGCCCGUCGCCCCUGCACCAGCACCCAGACCCACCCAAGCCCCCGUGCACCAAGCUCCCAUCAUCAGCGACGACGCCUUCUACUCUGAACUGAACUACACUGACGCCGACUUCUUCUACUACUACGACGACCUCCUCUACGAUUUCUACGAUGUUGGGGAGCCUGCAGCAGUACCUUCAAUCAGACAGCCAGCACCUAACCAUCCCAACGCAAGAACUCGUGUGGAGCCUUCCUCCUCCAAGUCCUUCGCCCGCGGAGGUUCUCCCAGAGGAGGAACUUCUCCUUCUCGUUCCCCCUCUCCUUCCUCUUCCUCUCUCCGGGCAGCCACCUCAUCCUCCAGUGCCUCCAGCCUCCGCUCGUCUGGCUCCUCCCACUCCAGGGGCGGUAAAACCCAGGCCUUCGAAUUUUCCGACUUUGACUUUGAUUCUACACGUCCCAUCUCAUCCUUCUCCUUCUCCGGUGUUCCUGACUCUCCUUCUCCUACUGCCUCUCCUGCCGCAUCCUUCCAGCCCCAGCCCCAGCACCCACCCCAGCCCCAGUACCGACCCCAGCCCCAACCUCAACCCCAGCCCCUGCAGCCACAACCCCAGCCCCAGCCUAGGAGACAGCCCCAACCUCAGAGACAGCCCCCAAAAUCUCGCUCUAGCACUGGCCCAUCUUCCUCUUCCUCCUUCCCUUCACAGUCGGUGUCUUCCCCAUCCUCACUCAGAACCCAAUCCGCUGUCUUCCCUCCACCUUUGCCAAGUUCCCCACACUUUGCCACAAUCCCAGCCACUGGGAAUCCCAAGAAGACUCCAUCCGAGGCGUCAGAAGGAUCUUUCUCUCAAACAGCUUCUCAAGCUUUGAGAGCUCUAGCCAACCUCCCCACAGCCUCCCCUCGUACUCCCUCCCGCACUCCUUCCCGCACUCCUUCCCGCACUCCUUCCCGUACCCCUAGUUCACCUGUCCUGAAAUCUCUCUCCCCAUCUUCCUCCCGUUCUGGUUCCUCUCGUUCAUCCAAGAGUCCCCCGAGGACUCCCCCGAGACAGUCCACCACCACCAACAACAGAGGAUCUCCGAGUUCCACUACUACUCCCCGCUCUGUCGACUCUUCCGUGCCUGCAAGGAGUAGGCGCCCCACCUUGAAGCCCGUGUCAGCUCUCGCACCCUCAGCUCCCACGUUAAGCAACGAUAUCUGGAAAUAUCCCCCCAGGAGGCCUACACCAACUGGCCCUGCCCCACCUGUCGACACCAAGGCUGAGAAAUGCGACCCUAAGGUGUGUCGUCUCCCUGACUGCUACUGCGGCGGCAAGGAAAUCCCAGGCGGCUUCCUCCCUGGCGAGACUCCCCAGAUCGUUCUCCUCACCUUUGAUGACUCAGUGAAUGACCUCAAUAAGGAACUGUACAAAGAGCUCUUCGAAAACGGUCGCUUAAACCCCAACGGCUGUCCCAUCGUCUCUACCAUGUAUGUGUCCCAUGAAUGGACCGACUAUGCCCAGGUUCAGAACCUGUACGCUGAGGGCCACGAGAUGGCGUCCCACAGUAUCCAGCACAGCUUCGGGGAAAAGUUCUCGACAAAGAGGUGGGCCAAAGAAAUCUCCGGUCAGAGGGAAAUACUCUCUGCUUAUGGAGGUGUGAAGAUGGAGGACGUAAGAGGCAUGAGAGCUCCAUUCCUCGCUAUCGGAGGCAACAAGAUGUACAGAAUGUUAUGGGAGCAGAACUUCACCUACGACUCUUCUAUGCCGGUGUAUGAGAACACCCCUCCUAGUUGGCCCUAUACCCUCGACUACUCCCUCUUCCACGAUUGUAUGAUCCCACCCUGCCCAACCAACUCCUACCCUGGACUGUGGCAGGUGCCCAUGGUGAUGUGGCAGGACCUGAACAAUGGCCGUUGCUCCAUGGCCGACGCCUGCACCACGCCCUCUACCGCUGAGGAUGUUUACAAGAUGCUCAUCAAAAACUUCGAGAGACACUAUACCACCAACAGAGCGCCCUUCGGUUUGUACUACCACGCCGCCUGGUUCACGACGCCACACCACAAGGAGGGAUUCAUCGCCUUCCUCGACACCAUCGUUGGCAUGGACGACGUCUGGUUCACUACCAGCCUUCUCCAGUGGAUGAGGAACCCAACACCACUCAGCUCGAUCAAGAACUUCUCCUUCGGCUGCGACUACCCGGAUCGUAAGAAGUGUGUCAGCAAGAAGGUGUGCAACGUGUGGCAUAAGGGUGGUGUACGGUACAUGAGGACGUGCCAGUGCCCAGAGACGUACCCCUGGACCAGCAACACAGGCGUCGCCAGCCCCCUCAACGACUGAGCGCCUCGUCCUCACUUCGCUUCUCUGUGAUCUUGUGAUGUUGUUAUGGUUGGUUUGUACAGUCUUGGGGGGAAUCUUCACAUCACUGUUUUAAGUGCAAGUCGCAUCAAUGGAUAUUAUGAUGCACCAGAUUCCUCUUGAAGAUUUUUAGUAUUUAUGGAUUGGAAAAUGUUUAAUUAUAUAAGCUGGUGCGGAGUAAAGUGUUGGGUCGCACCAGCCAGGGUGUGGGAGGGACGCUAGGCGCUACCGUCUGUUUAUCAGAGUUUUGCUACGUCAGGUAGGCGGUUUUCCUCCUUUAAUAACAACAAUUAAAGUACAGCAACACGUCACUCAACACUGUAUAUAAGGCCGCAAGUCUCCACCACCGUCCACACGCUGAUUAUCAACACAAGAAUGAAUGUGUUUACGAGUCGAGGUUUGUGUUGGCUGUCCUGCGGGUGAACAUAAAAAGAUUUCGGACUGCUUCUGCCAUAACGCACCUCAGAUAAUGUUGAUGUUUAUUAAUGGAUCUUAUGACAUCAGUUGCUGGGUGUUGAGAAGCGAGUUAACUGGGCAUUUAGUAUCAUAAUCUAAAUUACAAUAACCGACCGUCAUCCUUCCUGCCAGCGCGGCUUAGCUCUGUCUUCCACAUCUUUGAUACAUUGGUUGAAGUAAUAAUGAUGUUUGUCGACGUAAGAUGUGGCUGGUGGUCUUACACAUCCAUGUGAUGAAGGUCUAAAUCUUGAGGCAAAACAGCUACAAAAAUUAACGUUCAUGAAAUAUAAAAUUUGGGAAGCUUAUUGUUGAAAAAAUACAAAAUUAUAUUAUUUUUUCUUAAUUUUUGAAUUAUAGAAAAACAAAGUAACGACUUUGAAAAACAAGAAAUUUUGCUGACUUCUGUAUGGGAGAAAUAUUUAAAUUAUAUUAUGGCACUGAGAGAUGUUUUGAGUGGCACUUAUAUUUAUCUAAAUUUUAAGAUAUGGAGUUAAAGUUCACCAAGCACUGUGAUGAUAUGGCGACCAGGGGUGAAGAGAGUACCGCUGAUACUGAGAAGUGUACCUUUGACUUAUGUACCGUGUAGCUAUCGUAUGAUGCCUGUGUUGAGUUAUGAUUCUUGUACCAUAGGAUACUUUUACAACACAUGUACCACACGAUACAUGUCCAACGCGAUACUAGAUGUUCAGCGCACUAUCUGUACCGUAGAGUGAGGCUCCGACUGCUUCCUGUACCGUGUGGUCAUCAGGUACCCGGCUGGUCCCCCCCCAUUACCCUUGAUGAUAUUACCUGUAGCACGAACAGAGAAAUGCUGAGUCUUCGUCAUGCUCCUCCUCGAGGAUCAUAUUCCUACAAAAUUCAAUGGGAAAAUGAACCUUGACGACGCAUGACCUGUUGGUAAACAUGCCUGGUCCUGCUGCACGCUGAGUUAUAGACUAAGGAAAGCGAAUGUAGAUAUGUAAAUAGAUUUUCCUUGACAUGUUAUAAACUAUAAUUUUCACUGAAAAAUAUAGUUAGGAAAAAAAUCUGUUCUUGAUAUACCAGUGCAAUAUAUGCUGAAUAAAUCUUAGUUCUGAUCGAAAUUAGAAUCUUCCUUUUUUUCCGAUAAAUCUUUUUACUACACUAACAUAUUGGAGUUAAAGAAGCCCUCGAUAUUGAAUGGCAUUCCAUAUUAACGUUUAGAAUAACGCCUUCCUCAUUUUUAUUUUACACAGCACUAACCUAUAGUAUAUAUUUAGUGUGUGUUAGUUUGCCUCAUAAGCUGCUUCCUAUCUUUCUAGAGUACUGUACUGUAUGUGCCAAGAGCACUCCUUCACCAUCACUGUUAAUACUCUUGAAUGACAGAAAUGCUGACCACUGAAAUGAGUUUGUUAUAUAAUGAUUAGGGACGCCAAAGUUUUUAGAAAUAUAUAUAUAGAGAGAGAAAAA